AUGUCGUACAUUGUCCCCAUUCACCGGCCCAGCAGCAUUCGCCUGGCCAUUUCAAGCCGCCUGUGGCCAGACGAGGAUGUGCUGGUUACUGCCAAGGUCAAUCGGCUUGAGAUCUCACGCCCCACCUCAGAAGGCUUGACUCUGUUGAGCUCAUCCGUCGUUUGCGGCACCAUCACCCUCCUUCAAACCCUCCGACCCAAAGCAUCCGAGACCGACAUUCUGUUCGUCGGCACCGAUCUCUUCCACUACUUCACUGCGCGAUGGGACCCCACACAGGGCAAGCUCGUCACAGAGCAGGUCAUUCAGGACAUUGCAGAGCCGCACAUGCGCGAGGCCCAGAGCCAGGACAAGUGCCUUGUCGAUCCCGCGGGCAGGUUCGUCGCCAUGCACCUGUGGGAGGGCGUCAUGAACAUCAUGCAACUGGGCACGCGCAAGGGCGCAAACUUGAGGCUUGAUAAAGACUGGGCUCAGGUUCGCCUCUCCGAACUGUUCAUGAAGGCAAGCACCUUCGUGCCCACGGAGACGGGACAUCCGACCAUCGCCUUUCUCUACCAGAAUUCCAUCGAUAGGGAGGAUGCGCAUCUGGCCGUCUACAGGCUCAUGGAGGACGGCAACACCAACGUUUCCAAGUUCGACCCUUUGAAGAACCGGGAGCUCGAGCUCGAGAUUCCCGACCCGUUCGCCAGAACACUCAUCCCAGUGUCGAUAGUCGAAUCAGACGUGAAGCGUUACCAUCGCCGCGACACAACAAAUGCCAGCGCGCAGCUUGGAGGAUUGAUUGUCGCUGGCGAGACAAUGCUUAUCUAUGUUGAUACCCUGACGAAGGUCAAGAUUAGCAAGGCACUCGACGAACCCAGGAUCUUCGUUUCGUGGGCCAAGUACGAUGUUACACGAUACCUUCUCGCCGACGACUACGGAAACCUACACCUGCUGACGCUCGAGGUCGACGGCGUCAUCGUGACUGGACUGUCGCUCAAGACGAUUGGAAAGACAUCACGAGCUUCGUGUCUGGUCUAUAUGGGCAACGAGAUUCUGUUCCUGGGAUCACACCAUGGGGAUUCCCAGCUCUUCACGCUUGACCUGUGCGCUCAGACAAUACGGCUGAUCCAAACAAUACCAAACAUCGCCCCAAUCCUCGAUUUCUCCAUUAUGGACCUGGGCAACGCCGGCGACAGUGGGGUUGGAAACGCUUUCUCGUCUGGACAGGCCCGCAUUGUGGCGGGCUGCGGUGUGCACCAUAACGGUAGCCUGAGGAGCAUCCGAAGCAGUGUCGGCUUGGAGGACAUUGGAAUAUUAGAUGGCAUACAGGAUGUCCGUGGUCUAUUCUCGCUCAAGUCAUAUGGGUCUGAAAAGGUUGACACGCUUGUCGUCUCGUUCAUAACAGAGACGAGGGUCUUCAAAUUCGAUGCCUACGGCAGCGUCGAAGAGCUGGCGGACUUCCAGGGUCUCACACUUGACCAGCCGACUUUGUUCGCAGGUUCAUUAGCCAACGGCCACACGCUGCAAAUUACGGCUUCCUCCGCGCUUCUUCUAGACUCGGAAAGCAGUGUUACGAUAAAUUCCUGGACGUCAUCCAACGGGGGAAGUAUCGUCAAUGCUUCUGUCAACGAGAAAGCAAGCACUGGGCGACGGUAUUGGGGGGCGACGGCAGCCAGAUCUCGUGCAUUCACGCAUCGCGAGACUUUCCCUGAUAUCGGCGCUAUUGGCUUUUGGUCGACAGGCUCCGUGUGCGGGCAUCAACCUCGGAACACUGCAAGCACUGCAUGGGGGAAAGCAUCAAACAGAACGACGACAACGUCUCUGUUCCUAGGGAUCUCGCUUUGGUCCAGCUGCACCCGCCUCAGCUCGCAGGCCCCACGCUAUUCGUUUCUCUUGAGGACGGCCAAGUGGUUUCAAUCAACGUCUCAAAAGAUGACUAUUCUCUCACGGCGAGGAAAAGUGUCACGUUGGGGAGCAGGGAGGCAGGCUUGCAUGUGCUGCCGCGACCGGGUGCCCCUGGGCCGGAUCAUCUACUCGGCUGCCACCGCCGAGGACGUGACUCACAUUGCGCCGUUUGAUUCUGAGGGUUUUCCCGAUGCCAUCUUUUUGGCUACUGACAAGAAUGUCCGUAUCGCCAACGUGGAUACCGAACGCCGGACUCACGUCAACCCCCUUCAUAUCGGUGAGACGGUGCGGCGGGUGGCUUACUCUCCGGCACUGAAGGCGUUCGGCAUCGGCACCAUCCGAAAAGAGCUUCUGCACGACGAAGAGAUUGUCUCAAGUGCCUUCCAGCUCGUAGACGAGAUUGUGCUCGGUAAGGUCGGCAGGCCCUUUGCCCUUGGCGGAGAAGCCUCUGUGGAGCUGGUUGAGGCUGUGAUUCGAGCCGAACUCGACGACAGUACAGGGCAGCCCGCCGAGAGAUUCAUAAUUGGCACAAGCUAUCUCGCAGACCCUGACGUCAACGAUAGUGGCGACGUCAAGGGUCGGAUUUUGGUGCUUGGUGUAGACUCGGACAGGAACCCGUACCUCAUCGUCAGCCACGAACUGAAGGGUGCUUGCCGAUGCCUGGGGGUGAUGGGAGACAAGCUCGUGGCGGGCUUGAGCAAGACGGUGGUAGUCUACGACUACAUCGAGGAUUCGACGACAUCUGGAAAGCUUGAGAAGCUGACGACAUUCCGGCCCUCGACAUUUCCCGUUGAUCUCGACAUAUCCGGCAACAUGAUUGGAGUGGCUGAUUUAAUGCAGUCCAUGACCCUGGUCGAAUUUGUACCAGCAAAAGACGGCCGCAAGGCCAAACUAAUAGAGAGGGCGCGACACUUUGAAUACAUUUGGGCCACAGCAGUGUGCAGCUUGGGCGAGGAAUCCUGGCUGGAGGCGGACGCGCAGGGAAACCUCAUGAUUUUGGAACGUCAGCCGGACGCGCCGACUGAGCACGAUCAGAAGCAGAUGCGCACAACGAGCGAGAUGCACCUGGGCGAGCAGGUGAAUAAGAUCCGCCCGCUCCAGAUUACGGCGACAGAGAGCGACAUUAUUGUCCCAAAGGCCUUCCUCGCAACGGUCGACGGUUCUCUCUAUGUCCUUGCCAAUAUCAGUGCUGAGUACCAGAGCAUCCUGCUGCCCUUCCAGGAACGACUGGCUGGGAUCGUGCGCUACCUCGGCCAAGCCGCGCCCGAAGACAACGAGGGACCCUCGUUUAGCCAAUGGCGGGGAUUCAGAAACGCAAAGAGGAUGGCGGGAGCGCCGUUCAGAUUUGUGGACGGAGAGCUGAUUGAGCGGUUCUUGGACUUGGAUGAACUUAGACAAGAAGCUGUUGUGGAGGGAUUGGGACCGUCUGUCGAAGCGAUGCGGAACAUGGUUGAAGAGCUCAGAAGGAUGCACUAG